CACCUGUGACGUCGUCAGUCUAAGCUCCUCCCCCGGACGCUGUACCGUUAGCUGGAGUCUGACCCGGACUUUGACGAUCCAGUAUUUAUAAUACAGUCUAUGCUUGGAGUACAGUAAGGACAAGUAAGUAGCGCUGCGGACCCGCUGCUGGCUUAUCUCCUAAUACUACAUGCAUGAACACGGCAAGACAAGUCCUGAGCUGCUCCAAGUUCGCGUGUCAUUUAUCCAACAUAAACUGCAGACGAAGGUUUUUCACUUCACAACAUAUCAUGAUGUCACGGCACACUCACUCCAAAAGAAUUGCAGGACUGGAUAAGAACGUCUGGGUGGCGUUUACUUCACUAGCAGCAGACCCAUCCAUUGUUAACCUGGGCCAAGGCUUCCCAGACAUCCCCCCACCUUCUUAUGUCAAGGAAGCACUAGCAAAGGCUGCAUCUGUGGACAGGAUGAACCAGUACACUAGAGGCUUUGGUCAUCCAACUUUGGUAAAGGCUCUUUCCCAGGUUUAUGGGAAGGUCUGUGGGCGCCAAAUUGACCCCUUAAAAGAGAUCCUGGUCACAGUGGGAGGUUAUGGUUCCUUGUUCAGCACCAUGCAAGGUCUAGUGGAAGAGGGAGACGAGGUCAUCAUAAUUGAGCCUUUCUUUGACUGCUAUGUCCCUAUGGUGCGGAUGGCAGGGGCCAAGCCUGUGUUGAUACCAUUACGCCUUAAGCCUGGAAAGAAGCAGACAAUCACAAGUGCUGACUGGUACCUGGACCCAGAUGAGCUUUCUAGUAAAUUCAACUCUAAAACAAAAGCUAUCCUCAUCAACACCCCAAACAAUCCUAUAGGGAAGAUCUUCACCAGAGAUGAGCUGCAGAUGAUCGCUGACCUCUGUAUCAAACACGACACUCUGUGUUUCAGUGACGAGGUCUAUGAAUGGCUUGUCUACAGGGGACACCAACACAUCAAAAUCGCCACUCUCCCUGGAAUGUGGGACAGGACUAUCACAAUCGGCAGUGCAGGGAAAACAUUUAGUGUUACUGGAUGGAAGCUUGGUUGGUCUGUAGGGCCUGAGCACCUGAUAAAGCAUCUUCAGACCGUCAUGCAGAAUACUCUGUACACCUGCCCAACACCUCUACAGGAGGCUGUGGCACAAGGUUUGCUCCUGAACUUCGAGCUGAUGGGUCAGCCUGAGUGUUACUUCUCCUCACUUGCAGAGGAACUUGAGAGUAAGAGGGACCGCAUGGCGACCAUCAUUCAAGAAGCUGGUAUGACUCCCGUGAUCCCUGAGGGAGGCUACUUCCUGCUGGUGGAUGUGACAUCUCUCAAUCAGGACCUGUCACAUAUGGAUGAUGAUGAUGCCUAUGACUACAAGUUUGUGAAAUGGAUGAUCAAAGAAAAGAAACUUGCAGCCAUUCCAGUCACAGCGUUUGUUGGAGAUGAGUCCAAGAAGCACUUUGAGAAAUAUAUCCGCCUCUGUUUCAUUAAGCAAGAAACUACUCUUGAUGCUGCGGAGGAAAUCUUCAAAAACUGGCACAAGAUUUAAUGGAUCAUGGUGUAAGAAGACAUCAACACAACAACAGGGAGAAUCAACGACUGGUUGGCUUGAAAAUGAAUGAAAAGCUUGUUGUUUCAAUCAAUCAAUCUUCAUUUGUAAUGCGUCUAAUCACAGCAAAUGUUAUCCCAAGGCGCUUUACAAACAGCAGAUUUAGACUGUACUCUGUUAUAGAGUUUGACGCAUCAUUGUAAAAUAACUCAAUUUCUUUUCUGUUUUAAGCUGAAGAAUCUUGAAGUCACCAGGACUGAAAUAAUUUGUUCUAGUAUAGCUGAGAUAACAUUAUUGUCCUUGAUCUAACCCCUCAUUCAUUCCUGAUGCUGUGCUGUAGAGGUUGAUUACACAAUGUUUCUUCACUGA